CUAAAGAAGAUCAGCAGCUACCAUUCAAUCGAGUAUGGGAAGUUCAUCAACGGAAGAUUUCUCAGUGUUGGUCUUGGCCUCCGAUCUUGGAAUUGACGGUCGAUCCUUCUUGUCUCCUUCAGAAAGAGAAGCCGCCGACGAUAACUGGCACGAUUGUUCCUCCGAUCUUGUUUCCAAUGAAGAUUUCUCCGAUCUUGAAGCCUUGCAGUUCUUUCGCCUUGAACGAGGUUGCGAUAAAUCCGGAAAUCGAAUCCUCCGCAUCGUCGGAAAGUUCUUUCCCGCUCCUGUGAUAAGUAGUGACCGGUUGAAGAAGUAUGUUUUCAGUAAAAUCUUAACUGAGGUUCAAGAAGGUCCAUUUUGUAUCCUGUAUAUGCACUCUACUGUGCAAAAGGAAGAUAACAAUCCUGGGUUGACAAUCUUAAGAUGGAUCUAUGAAGAGCUUCCAUCAGAUGUCAAGGAUAGGCUUCAAGUUGUGUAUUUUCUUCAUCCUGGACUUCGUUCGAGACUGGCUUUUGCCACACUUGGCAGAUUCUUUCUAAGCGGAAGCUUAUAUUGGAAAAUAAAGUAUGUGAGCAGACUGCAGUAUCUAUGGGACGACAUAAAGAAGGCAGAAAUAGAAAUACCAGAAAUUGUGAAAAAACACGAUGAUAUCCUUGAACAUAGACCACUUACUGAUUAUGGGAUCGAACCUUACACUCUUCACUUAACCGAGAUCCCUUCAGCGAAUCGUGUAUUUGGAACGUACGAUGAGAGUUGGACUUCUACAGGCCGUAAUUUUUAUUAGUCAUUGUAACUGAAAUAACUUAUAUAUUAUAAUGUUGUAGUUGUAGAUUUGGUAGUCAGGUAGAGCCAAAAACAAAUAGUUAUUACAAUAAUGGUAAGCCUGACCACUUUUUGUGUUUUAUGGUUCAUUUGCUUUGUAGUAGUAGUAAAUACUCUAUACCCUUGUGAUAUAUUAUGUAGCUUUCUAUGUGAGAAUGCC